AUGGACUUCCGCCAUACUUCUUCCCCGCCAACCGCAACUCCACCAAAUUCAGCGGGAAAUGAUGGAACCUGUACAACGUCGCCAUCUCCUGGCACCUUCCAGGAAUCUUCGACAAGGAAGAGAGGGCGAAUGACUGAGAAUCAGCACCAGUCGGGAAAUGGCGAUGAGGAGUCAGAGAAUGACGAUGACGGCAACGAAAGACGGCGGAAGAAGCAGGCGAAAGAUUACAAUCUCGAGAAGCAGCCAAAACCGCGGCUGAAAUGCCCAUUCUUUCAAAGGGAGCCCGAAAAAUACAGCCGGGCGGCCUGCAGAGGGCAAGGUUUCGCGGACAUGGCUAAAUUGAAGUAA